AGCGUCAGAAGAAGACGGGAUAUAAGACCGAGGAGCUCAAGCUCUCUGGAGUUUGCUCUCUCUCUCUCUUUCUCUCUCUCUUACUGGGGAAGCAAAGCCCUUUCUUUGCCUCCUCUUCUGGUCCGUCCUUCUUCCUUAGAUCCAUCAUUUCUCCCCGCCAUUCCUGUUCCCUUCCUUCUUUUUUUUUUUUCUGCAGCUCUCUUCUUUCUUCUUUCUUGGUCCAGCUCUUUUGGUGGGUGAAGGUAAGUCGAAGGACGGACACUCACAUCCACAGUCUCUCUCUCUCUCUGGUGACGAAGGACGGUAAGAGAUGCCAAUGUUUAUUGUCCUUCUCCUUCUCUUGGCAUUGUCCGCGGCCGGAGAUGAAGGGGCAUUCGUGGGAGUAAAUAUAGGAACUUCUGUGAGCGACAUGCCAUCACCCACGCAGGUGGUGGCCCUUCUCAAGACUCAGCAGGUCACCGAUGUCCGUCUUUUUGAUGCUGAUCGCGCAAUGCUGUUAGCCCUUGCCAAUACAGGGAUCAAGGUGACUGUUACUGUGCCUAACAAUCAGCUGCUGGCAAUCGGUCAGUCCAAUUCUACUGCUGCUAAUUGGGUGGCAAAGAACGUUGCAGCGUUCCUUCCUGCAACAAACAUCACAGCAAUAGCUGUGGGCAAUGAGGUGCUGACCACCAUCCCCAAUGCAGCUCCUGUACUGGUUUCUGCCAUGAAAUUCAUCCACUCAGCUCUUGUAGCAUCAAACCUUGAUUCGACUGUUAAAGUCAGCACCCCACAUUCUUCAGACAUCAUUCUGGAUUCCUUCCCGCCAUCCCAGGCAUUUUUCAACCGCACCUGGAAUCCAAUACUGUUGCCAAUGCUUCAGUUCUUACAGCAGACUAACUCAUACUUCAUGCUUAAUGUCUACCCAUAUUAUGUCUAUAUGCAAAGCAAUGGAGUUAUUGCACUUGAUUAUGCCCUUUUCCGACCUCUCCCGCCUAACAAAGAGGCUGUCGACUCCAACACUCUGCUACACUACACUAAUGUGUUUGAUGCUGUUGUUGAUGCAUGCUACUUUGCAAUGUCAUUUUUGAACUUCACUAAUGUUCGAGUUGUUGUCACUGAAUCUGGAUGGCCAUCUCAUGGUGAUCCAUCGGCUGAACCUGCGGCUACAAUUGAUAAUGCUGAUACAUAUAAUAGCAAUUUGAUAAGGCAUGUGCUGAAUAAUACUGGAACUCCAAAACAUCCUGGUAUUCCAGUGAGCACAUACAUUUAUGAGCUAUAUAAUGAGGAUUUGAAGCCUGGACCUACUUCUGAAAAGAACUGGGGCUUGUUCGAGGCAGAUGGAACACCGGUUUAUACUCUGCAUUUGACUGGAUCAGGGGUGGUUUUGGCGAAUGACACAACAAAUCAAACAUAUUGCAUUGCUGCAAGUGGAGUUGAUGAGAAGCUCUUGCAGGCAGCCUUGGACUGGGCUUGUGGACCUGGGAAAGUGGAUUGCAAGCCAAUUUUGCAGGGCCAAUCAUGCUAUGAUCCAGAUACGGUUCAGGCCCAUGCUUCGUAUGCUUUUAAUGCUUAUUACCAUCAGACAGGAAUGAGUCCUGGUAGCUGUGAUUUCAAGGGAGUCGCUUCCAUCACCACUACAGAUCCAAGUCAUGAUUCUUGUAUUUUUACUGGAAGUGGUGGUAAGAAUGGCAGCUUUAUCGGCAGCGCCAUUGCUCCUUCAUCCAAUUCCACUGCAGCUUCGGGUGGUUCUUCUAGCCUUUUUGGCUCAUCUUUUUCUACGUUCCUUAUGAUCGUCGAAGGAUUGCUCGUAGUUGGCAGUCUCUUGUGAUCCACUUUUUUGAAGAUGCUCGAACUCUGAGUUGCUGGGUGGGUAAUUUUCUUCUGGGGGCAAACCAGCGAAUAUUUUGUGGGGCAAGAGCGUUGUGUUUUUGUCCUCUCAUAAGCGGGGUGGAGGGGAGAGAAAGACGAUUUGUAUGGCAAGGAUUGAAUUUGAUCUGUAAAAAUAGGAGACAGAGAAGCAAAAAGGGGAAAGGACAGGCCAGGUUGUUUGCCACUGUUUUUCUUUAAUUCUUUGAAUCAGAUUCCCCUUGUUCUUUUCCUCUAUAUACCUGCUCUCGAUUCAUUUAUUGCUUUGUCGCUUUUGUUUGGACUGCUGCGGGAGCUCAGCUUCCAAAGCGAGUGUGUGGACAUUGAUUGGAUGCUUUCAUCAUCAUCUCAUCUACAGUUCUUCAUUCUAUCA